GGUAAGUAAUAGAUAUUAUGUCAGUUGUAUACAUGGAUGAUUAAUCACUAAUUGAAAUGUAUGUUUGGAAUGCAUCGACGUAUCGGACAAAUCAGAGAAUGCCAAUAACACCUGUUGGAUCUCCUGAUGAUCAGGACAAGCUCUUAGGAGAGGCCAUUGGUGCUGUGCGGGCACAGGCUUUUAAUAUGAAAAGAUGUCUCGACAAAUCAAAACUUAUGGAUGCUCUCAAACAUGCCAGCACUAUGUUAGUAGAACUAAGAACUAGUUUAUUGUCACCAAAAAGUUAUUAUGAGUUAUAUAUGGCUGUUACUGAUGAAUUAAGACACUUAGAAAUAUAUCUACUGGAUGAGUUUCAAAAAGAACGCAAAGUUGAUGAUUUAUAUGAGUUGGUACAAUAUGCUGGAAAUAUUGUGCCCAGAUUAUAUCUACUAAUCACUGUGGGAUUAGUAUACAUAAAAACAAACUCUUGCUUAAAAAGAGAUUUAUUAAAAGACUUGGUAGAAAUGUGCAGGGGAGUGCAGCAUCCAUUGCGAGGAUUGUUUUUGAGGAAUUAUUUAUUGCAAUGUACACGAAACAUUUUACCUGAUGUUAGUGUUGCUACAGAUGAUGCUGAGGGAACUGUGAAAGAUGCUGUAGAUUUUGUGUUGAUGAAUUUUGCUGAGAUGAAUAAACUGUGGGUUCGAAUGCAACAUUUAGGACAUUCAAGUGAAAAACAGAGACGAGAAAAGGAGAGGGAAGAACUUAGAAUCUUAGUUGGAACAAAUCUUGUUAGACUAUCCCAAUUAGAAUCUGCCACAUUAGAUACAUACAAAAAAUUAAUACUGCCUGGAAUAUUAGAACAAGUUGUAAGCUGCAGAGAUGCCAUUGCACAAGAGUAUUUAAUGGAAUGCAUUAUACAGGUGUUUCCAGAUGAAUUUCAUCUACAAACACUAGAUCCAUUUCUAAAAUCUUGUGCCCAACUACAAAGUGGUGUUAAUGUUAAAAAUAUCAUAAUUGCAUUGAUUGAAAGAUUAGCUGCAUUUGCACAAAGAUCAGCUUUGUCUGAUGGAGCUAUUGAUGGAACUGUUGCUAUUCCUGAAGAUGUUCAGUUAUUUGAUGUUUUUAAUGAUCAAGUAUCCAGCAUAGUGCAGGCUCGUCAGGACAUGCCUCCACAGGAUACAGUUUCUUUACAAGUAGCACUAGUUGCAUUAGCAAACCGUGUUUAUCCUGAUAGAGUUGACUUUGUUGAUAAAGUUUUAGAAACUACAAGUGACAUUUUGGACAGACUGAACUUGGAAAGCAUUGAGAAUAACAGUCCAGUUUGUCGAGAAUUGUCAAGAUUGUUGAGAAUACCAAUAGAUCAUUAUAAUGAUAUAUUGACAUUAUUGAAAUUGAAUAAUUUCUCAAAGCUCAUGGAAAAGUUUGAUUUUGUAUCAAGAAAAACUAUGGCCGUUUAUAUUAUUACUAAUGCCUUAGAUAACGAAACAUUAAUACCUACACCUGAGCAGGCUGAUGCUAUAUUAAAUAUAUUAGCACCUUUAAUUAAAGACCAGGAAAAUCAAUCACCAGCUGAUGAAGAUCCAGAAGAUUUUGCUGAAGAGCAAGGCUUAAUGGCAAGAUUUGUACAUCUGUUGAAAUGUGAACAACCAGAUCAACAAUAUUUAAUAAUAUCAACUGCUAGAAAACAUUUUGGAACAGGAGGACCAAAACGUGUUAAACAUGUACUGCCACCACUUGUGUUCCAAGCUUAUCAAUUAGCAAAUAAAUACAAAACCAUUAAAGACGAAGAUUCUAUGUGGGAUAAGAAGUGCCAGAAAAUUCUACAAUUUUGCCAUGGGACAAUAGCAGCAUUAGCAAGGGCUGAAUAUCCAGAACUUUCAUUAAGACUGUAUUUACAGGGAGCUUUGUGCAUAAGUCAAGUUAAGUUUUCAAACCAUGAAUCAGUUGCGUAUGAGUUUAUGUCCCAAGCCUUUUCUUUAUAUGAGGAGGAAAUCUCUGAUUCCAAAGCUCAAUUGGCUGCAAUAACAUUAAUAAUGAGUAGCUUAGAGCAAAUUGAUUGUUUUGGUGAUGAUAACUCUGAACCACUUCGGACUCAAUGUGCUUUAGCUGCCAGUAAAUUGUUGAAAAAACCUGAUCAAUGCAGAGCUGUUGCAUUAUGUUCUCAUCUAUUCUGGUCUGGAAGAUGUGCAAACGUUGAAAUAAGAGAUGGUAAACGUGUUUUGGAAUGUUUGAAGAAAAGCGUGAGAAUAUCAAGUCAGUGCAUGGAUAGUGCAGUUCAAGCACAACUUCUUGUUGAAUUAUUAAAUCAUUACAUAUUUUUCUAUGAGAAAGGCAACGAUCAUAUUACAGUGGCAAUGCUGAAUCAAGUCAUAGCAAAGAUUCGAGAAGAAUUACCAAGCUUGGAAGUAUCAGAGGAAACGGAACAGAUCAACAAGCAUUUCAAUAAUACUUUAUGCCAUUUGCAAUCACGAAAAGAUGGGGCUGAUGCAGAAGGGGUAUCGUAUCAAGAUCUAAUAUUAUAAACAAAUAGAUUAUAUAAAUAUUUCUGUAAAACAGAAAAUAUUAAUAGUAUAUAUUGGGUAAUAUAUAUAAAAUUACUUUCAUUAUAUUUAAAUUGUUGAUAAUGAUUUAAAAAAUUGUUCUAGUUAAAAAAAUAAAUAUUAAAGAUUGCAAAAAAGAGUAAGAAGUGUAAACAUUCCAAUAAAUUUGAC